CUCACACAACUGGAACGCCCUGUUCCUGGGCGCCAACGCAGUGGCUGAUGCCAUGGCACAGAAGUAUCACACAGACAAAAGUAAUAUUCUAGAUGACGACACCAGAGGCAGUGUUGGAGUCAGGCUGGCUUUGGGUGAGACACAAAUCAUCAACGAGACCAGGGAAUUUCUCAUUUCUAACGGAGUGGCUCUAGACAGCUUUAGUCAGGCCGCAGGGGCCAGAAGCAAGACGGUCAUCCUGGUGAAAAACUUGCCCCUGGGGGUGACCACGGAUGAACUGAGAGACAUAUUCAACAAGUACGGGUCAGUGAACCGCGUCGUCCUGCCCCCCACCGGCAUCACGGCCAUUGUUGAGUACCUGGAGCCAUCAGAGGCCAGACAAGGUUUCAUGAAGCUCAACUUCUCCAAGUUUCGCUCCAUUCCCCUCUACCUGGAGUGGGCCCCCAUGACUGUAUUUGUCAAACCUGCAGCGCCCAGUCAGGAGAAGAAAGAAGACAACUCAGAGGAGGGUGGCAGGGAGGAAGAAAAGAAAGCCACGUCUAGUCAGGAGGAGAAAACAGAAGAGAAAGCUAAUGAUGAGGAAGUUCCUGAAGAGGAGGCCACUAUUUUUGUUAAAAACUUGAACUUCUCCACAACAGAUGAACAGCUAUUAGAGCAUUUCAAAGCAAUAGGCAACAUUUAUUCAGCCACAGUGUCUAAGAAAAAAGAUGCCAAAAAGCCAGGUGAACUCCUGUCCAUGGGCUAUGGUUUUGUUCAGUUCAUGAAGAAAACAGACGCGAAAGAAGCCUUGAAACAGCUACAGAACUCGAUGUUGGAUGGUCACAAUCUGGAACUAAAGAUCUCAAACAGGACGUCACAUCAGGUCACAGGUCGUCAGAAACAGGCAGAAACCAAACAGAAAUCCACCAAAAUUUUGGUCAGGAAUAUUCCAUUUGAAGCCAAGAAAAAAGAAAUUGAAGAGUUAUUCAAGGUGUUUGGUGAACUGAAGUUUGUACGUCUGCCCAAGAAACUGGGAGGGACAGGCCCACACAGGGGCUUUGCUUUUGUUGACUUUGUCACUAAGGAAGAUGCCAAGAGAGCUUUCAGCGCCCUCUGUCAUUCUACUCAUCUUUACGGGCGUCGCCUGGUUCUGGAGUGGGCAGAGGUGGAGGAGAGCCUGGACGACCUCAGGAGGAAAACUGCCCAGCAUUUUAGUGAUGAUGGGCCAAAAAGAAAAGUCACAAAAUCAAGUUUACUGGAGGAGUUACAAUCAUAAACAACCUGACAUUACAUAUGAAAUAAUUUUACCA